UCCAUUAUGUCAGGUCCACAUUUAGUUCAUUCAAAGUUCAAACGCGGCUCGGGCAACACCGGAUACCAAAAAUAUAUUUUUGUUUAUUUCCAUUUUUAACUGAAGUGCAAAAUUUCAAAAUUCUCUGAUAAAAUUUGUACAAAGAAAAGUGGAAAUUGAGGGGUGAAGCACUGACUAGCAUUGAAAACCGAACCAAUUGCCGACAUGAGCGAAUCACAUAAGGCCGAGUUGAAGGAGAUCUAUGCUCUGUUGAACAAGGAGAACUCCUCGGGGGUCAUCACCAUCGAGGAUCUGGAUGCGGUGAUGCAGCAACUGGGCCGCCGUCCCAGUGCCGAGGAGCUGCGCGAGAUGGUCCUGGCGGCGGACUCCGAGGGCAGUGGAUCCGUGGACUUCCAGCGCUUCUGCCGCAUGAUGAUACGCGCCGAGCGGGAGCAGCUGCUCCGCGAGUCCUUCCAGCGCUUCGAUCGCGACGGCGACGGCGUCCUCUCCGCCGAGGAGCUCCAGCUGGCCCUGGAGGAGACCCUCGAGGAGGAGCCCGACCGGGCCGCCGUCCAAGAGAUGAUGCAGGAGGGCGACCCCGAGGGCACCGGGUUCAUCUCCUGCGCCAACUUCAUGCAAAUGGCCCUCAAGUACCAGAAGGACGAAUAGGGAUGGUUGCCACUAAAUUCAAAUUCCUUUUGAAUUGUCAGGGUUCCCCAUUUGUGAUCAAGCUUGGCCUGCAGAAAAUUCUAUGUCCAAAGGUUCCAAACACACACACACACACAGACCAAGUCCUGCCCAGAGAAAUGGCAAAAUUAGACAUUUCCUUAAAUAAAUGUACAUAUAAUACUUGCUGAAUACA